AUGGACGGUGCGAUGCAGGACGACGACCUGUGGCGGCGCGCCUUCUCGACUAACGCAGGCCUGUUUUUCGACGAGCAGGCCGACUUCGGCCCGCUGCUGACCGGAGAUGACACGGCGGCGGCGUUGAUCGCAGCGGCAGGCGUGGCCGACCCCGUUGUGGGUAUGCCGUCACCCUCGCCCGCUCCGGCAUCCAGCAAUGUGGCCUCUAUUGCGCCGAUGCCCUUUGUUGCGGCGGCGCCGACACCGGCCCGUCAGCAACAACAACAGCACCAACCUCAUGUGCGGGUUCAAAUCGCGUGUCGGCCGUCGACGUUGGUGGCAGCGCCGCCGCCGCCCGCUCCACUCGCGUCCGAGGAACCGCCCUCGGCGACAGCACGCCCUGCCCCGCCGCCGUCGCAACGGCAGCAGCGUAAAAUUGGGCCCGCUCCGGAGUCGGCUCGUAGCAAAGCGAACUUGCCGGCGGCGCUGAGCAGCAGUAAUGCGGCGGAAUCAACAGGCGCUGCCCUUGAACAGCAGGCCGCCGCCGAGGGACCUCCCGCGGAGCAGCAGCAGCAGGGUGCUCCUAACCAGAGGGGCGGGGAGAGCUUCUCCCGCAAGCGCGACCGCGCGAAGCUGCUUCGGCAGCAGAUGAACGACGGCUUGGACAACCUUCACGAGGCGCUCGUGGAGAUCAGCACUAGCGGGGCCAACCUCUCCGCUUCCGCGGCGACGAGCCUCAUCCCGACCCGCGGCCCCCGACGAGCCGCGGUCGUCGCCUGCAGCGCCGGCCUCGUGCGGGACCUGAUCUCCACCUGCAUCGCCCUCCGCAAGGAUAAAGCCUCCUUGUCGGCACGUUUCGCCGAGGCGCUGCGGCAGCUGCAGCAGCAGCAGCAGGGCGCAAGCGGCGGUUCUUCGGCGCACGUCGAGAGCGGUGCUGCCGGCGCCGCCGGCGAUGGCGAGACCGCGGCGAGAAAGAGGCAUGACGACGGUGGCAGUCAUGGGCUGGAUAGUGGCGGUGCCGGCGGCGGCGCCGAGGCGGUGGUGGGCGUGGCGUCGUCGGCGAAGGUGUUCGGGCAGCUGCUGUCGCUCUCGGUGUUCGGGUUCCUUGGCCCGCAGUCCCUCGAGGAGGCCAGUAAGGUGUCGCGCGAGUGGAGGGACAAGUGCACGUGGGAUUGCAACUGGAGCACCCUGUGCGUUUCGCGCUGGAGACUCGGGCCUGAGCAGCGCCACGCGGAGGUUUGGCGCGUCCCCGACGACGCCGACGGCAAGGGCAAGGGCAAGGGCGUGGCGAGGUCGGCCGUGUCUCCUCCGGCGCCCCCGCCGACCUGGCAGUCGAUCUACGGCCGCCUCCACGGGGACGUGCACGCGCCGAGUGGGACCUUCUGCCCCUCCCACAUGGUCAUCGGCAGAAGCGUUCAAGAGGGAGUCGCGGUCUGGAUCGCUCUUACCCGCCGGAGUAACGGUAUGACGGGCCGCUCCGUCAUGACGCAAGGGUCAACCGGGUUGAGGACGACUGAGGUGAUCGAGCUGAGGGCCGUGGUCCAGCGAGUGGAAGAAGGACCCGCGGUCCGCGUCCACCCCCACGCCUUCAAGGUCAGGCGAGUCAGCGGCCUGCGCGCCCUCCUCAACGAUCACAGCGGCGGCGGCGGCGGCGGCUCCAGGAGCUCUGGCGCCGCCAUCGUGACGACGACGACCGGAUUUUUCCCGCCGGUUUCCCAGGGCGAAGACCGCUUCUCGCCGAAGUUCACUAUCAACAGGGGAGCCGCGGAGAGCAGCAGCAGCAGCAGCAGCGCGGCGGGCUUGCUGAUGAACGGCGGCGGCGGCGGCAGAGGAGCAGGAGCUGGAGUGAGGUCUUCUUGGUCGGGGACGGCAGCGGCAACAGCUUCGCCGGCGGCGGAGGCGACCCCACCGCUGGCACUCUACGAGUACGCGGCCGUGGACUUCUUCAUCGAGGCCGCCGGCUGCCCCACGGAGGCGGAUUUCCUGAGGCUGGAGGCGUGCGUCGACGUGGCGGUCUCGGGCGCCACCGCGUCGGCGGCCGGGGCGACGCCGGUCGUUGGGAGCGUCUGUGUGCCCCUCCUGUCCGUGGGGUUGACAGAGAGAAACCGCCCGCGACCGGCGGCGGCGGCGGCGGCGGCGGCGGGGCUCCGCGCCAUGGGCGUAGGAAUCGGCCAGCCGAUGAAGCGCUGGUUCUGAGGGAGAACCGACCAAUCAAUCAGCGCAGCAGGCCGAGUUGGCCCCAGGCCUCUCUUGUUUUUGAUCUUUCCUUUCGGGUGUUUUACAGGUUGACCACCUUGUUCUGGAUCGGUUCCCUGGCCGUGAAGUAUUAGACAAUGAGAUAGCAACGGGCUUCGUAAGGGGCGGGAUCGGAUUAUUUUGUUUGUAGAAAAGAAAUUUGCUUGCUUGGUGAGCGUUUUGUUGAAGGCGGAGGGAAAAGGUGCGAGCGUUUUGACUCAGUCGCUUGCACGCCCGCCCUAUAUUUCUCGAUUGCGAGAAGAACAGUUGAUAAGUCUGACAUCACAAUUAGCACUCUCCUGUGAAAAUGACGUAUUUUGAUGGGAGAUGCGAUUUGUCAAUGUUUCGGCGUCUUCAGGCAGGGGCUUGUCUGGCGCUACGAAGGUCUCCUAGAUUUUGGCGUCUUGUCCACGCGUGCUCUGCCUCUGGCUGGAGGUUUCAUCACAUUUUUUGUUCACUUUGCAGAUUUAUCUUUUUUUUGGUUGUCUUGUUUUUUCAUUUUUGAAGGCGUUGUGGUAAGAGUUCAGAGAGCACGCGCGGGACAAGGAGCCUUUCAGCGGGAAGCGGCUACUCUCGCCACGCUUGUCACUCACCCACUCUCCUUUCCCCCCUCGUUUGCAUUGCCCUUUUGAGUUUGCGGGGUCGCCGAGUCUUGGUCCGAACCGCAAGCUCGUGGGCACGCGCGUCGGUGUGAACGCUGGCUUUUUCCAGGUACUGAUUCCAUAUAUAUAUGGUGCGUGGUGGUGUUCUCGUUGUGUGUUGUCGUUCGAAAGCAAAGCAAAGGGCAUUGUCUAGACGUUGCGUAUUUUUGAGGUGUUUCUUUGGUUUUCUGGGUGCAUGGCAUGUGGGAGCGAUGCACGCCGCCGCGGACAGGGGGCGACGAGCGGGUCGCAGACCCACACGCUGCUUGGGGUUGCGUGAUAAAGCGCACACCUCUUAGCGCGAUGCGUUCUGUGCUUUCGUCGUUCCAUGUCUUUUGUGGCGCCAGCCAACGCCUCCGUUUAUUGCAUGUCUUUUGCCGUGGCAGCCGGGCGCACCCAGUAGGGGGAAGACCGCGUCCGUGGUCUGUAGUAAUCGUUUGGAGGAGAAUACCAUCUGUUUUUUGGAGGCAAUGUAGUGCGCGAACCAUGUCACCCCCCGGUGCGUACUUGUUCGUCGGUGGCGGUUGGUGGUUAGUAAGUCGGGGCCAGUGGGUGCGCAAUGGGAGGUGCUUGAUGGCUUUCUUCGCGUCAGGGGGCGGUUUAUCUGUCGCUGGGGAAACGUGCGUGGUAGGCGGCUCCCCUGCUGUAGAGUAGGCACCGCGUAUGCACCACCUGGUGGCAAACAUAAGUAGGACAUGUAUUCUAUCUGGGUAUGAGUCACGGUGCCCCGAAAGGGGGACCACAGAUCGGAUCGCGGGACGCUCUGUGCUUAUGCACAUGUGCGUGCUUUGCUCUCUUGAUGCUCUGGGAUGGGAUGGGCGGUCGGUUUACUGGGUUGUUUACGCGAGCCCCCCUCUCUGUUUGUCAGGCAGUCCGCCCUCUGUUGCUUUCUCUCGCCUUUGCAUCGGAGAGGCUUGCCGUCGUUUGGCGCCGAGCUCCUCGGAUUUGCCUCCAGGCUUCGCGCGCGGCGCGCUGCCUCCGUCCCCCCUUGGCACGAGCGGCGCAAGAGGCUGCGUGCUUUCUGUCUCGUUAUCGCUGCGCUGCACCGUUGAUGUUUUUCUCGUGUCACGGCUCGGCCGGGUUGUGCGAUCAAAGACAGACAUCGUUUUGUCAUGCAUUGUUGUGGUGAUCGUGA